AUGUACAGGAGGUACAUAUGGAACAGCGUCUUCCGGGACGUGAACUACCGGCUGAAGAAGCUUUACCAUUCCUUUUACUACGCACAGAGCCACAUAAAAUAUGUCAUGCUUUUUCUCUUUCCUGGAGUCAUAUGGUGUACUCGGUACAGAGCGGACACCAAGUUGGGGUAUUACAUUUAUAUCAAUGAGGAGAAGCUUUACCCGAAUCAGUUGACCGAGGGAGAAGAGUCGACGAGUGAAGGAGUGAGCAAUUGGACCAACAUCGCGAGUGUUCAGGAAUACCUUUACACCAAAUACAAUCACAUGUAUAAUAAAUUCACAAAGACAAAAUGGAAAAACGGGACCAAGUUUUAUUUAGACGAUGGGCUCACCGUUGCAGAUGUGAAGAAGCUGUUGUACUCAGAGGAGGAAAAGAUUCCGCCGAAUUUGAAAGUUGGUUGCAGGGGACGCAUGAUGGAAGACACAGAUAAUCUGGCCAUGGCCGUCCGGGCCUUCUGCAAAAGGGACCCCAAAAUUUUUAUCUGGGAGGACGAGCACGCCGCCUACGUGUAA